GCGGCCCGACGGUGAUGGAGCUACACUGUUAAAGAAAUGUCACAUGCGUUUGUCACUAAGUCGCACGUUUUUAACAUAGGUCUCAUCUUCUCAUAAUUUUUCUGCAUAUAAUUGUGAACAGGUAGCCCUUUUUCUUUCUUUUACCUGGACGAGGAUUUCAUUUGUGUUUGUGACGUCGGCGAGCAUAGGAUGAUUAUUUCUUAACAGAGUGUGUUUGGAGACAAUUUUAUCAGCUUUGAUAAACAAAGGGAAAAAUGGAACUUUCGAAAUCGUUUUUCCAGUUUGUUAUUUUGAUCUCCGUUUUGGGAUGGACUUUGGCUGCUUCACCAUCGACUUGUUAUAGAUGUCAACAUGGUGAUACAUGUAAACCGCCCAAAUGUGUAUGCUGUGGAAAAGACAUGCCUCUUGAAAAAUCCAGAACACCUCAGAUGGUAUUUUUUACUUUCGAUGACGCAGUUAAUACAUAUAUUGCCAGUUUUUAUAGAAAACUUUUUGAUUCUAAUCGUAGAAAUCCAAAUGGAUGUCCGAUAUCCAUGACCUUAUUUAUUUCACAUGCCAAUACUGUUUAUUCCUUGGUAAGAGAAUUUUACCAGAAAGGUUUCGAAAUUGCAUCCCACAGUGUCACUCACAGUCAUCCAAGUUCGGCCACUUUCAGAAAUGAGGCAGAAAAACAGAAAGAGAACUUAGCCAAAAAGGCCCGGAUACCAAAAUCAAAAAUCCGCGGGUGGAGAAGUCCAUUUUUAGAGCCAAUGGGAGAUGCGCAACCAAAUAUUCUUCAGUCUUUGGGAUAUUCAUAUGACGCCACUCUUACCAUCAGUAAAAGUAAACAAACGGAUCGAGCACCUCUACCUUUCACACUGGACUACGGAUGGCCAUAUGACUGCAAGAUCAAACCCUGUCCAAAAUCAACACACAGAGGAUUCUGGGAAGUACCAGUCGUAUCUGUAACAGACUAUCUUGGAAAAUACGAAUGUGUGUACGUUGAUGGAUGCAACAAUCCCCCACCUGAUGAAGAUUCUGCAUACAAAUUUCUAUGGGAAAAUUUCAACAGCUAUUAUAGAACCAACAAAGCGCCAUUCGGUAUUAACAUGCACGCAGCCUGGUUUUAUGUACCAGACAGAUUAAGGGCUAUGGAUAGAUUUAUACAGGAUUUACUGAAACUAGAUGAUGUAUACAUUGUCUCUGUAAAGCAGGUCAUAUCAUGGCUAAAAAAUCCUACUCCAGUAGAGAAGUUAAAUAGUUUUGAACCGUGGACAUGUUCUAACCCCCGUGAUCGCUCUGCGCCAAAACUUAACGCAAAGGGAUUUUUCGCUGGUGACAAAAGAAACCAUAACAUCGCAAGUCAACCUGAAGUUUCUCACCACAGUCACAACGCUUUUGACCAUCAUCAAACUCAGUUCAGAGAGAAUACCCAUAGUGAACACCAUUCUCACGAUAACCCACACUCCUCAAGAAGCUCACACAAGACGAGUAGAUUUAACCCUAACACGAUACAAAGACAGCAGCAGCCCUCUAUGCAGAACUCUUAUCUCUUUCAGCGCAUGCAACGGAGGAAAGCGAUGAGGAAAACCAUUCGAACAACAGCCAUACCCCCUCCACCUCCAGUGCAGCCAAGACAAAUAAGUUCGAACCUUCCAAUUCCAAAACCACCUUCACCAUUAAUAAAACAGAGUCAAAGACAACAGAAUUUGUAUGAAUCACCAGCCUAUUCUUGGCAAUCAAUUCUUACAAACAAAGUAAAUAACGAGGAACAGCAGUCUAGGCGACAGGUAAAGACGAGUUCAUCGUUGUAUUCUAAUCAUGGACACAGUCAUACGGACAAUAGUCACAUUCCACCCAGAAUUCAUGUUCCAGAAUCGGUGGAUAAUACCAUAACACAAACACAAAAAGACAAUAAAGAGGAGACAGAAAUCAUUAAGUCAAGCACGGACUCACCAGUGAAUCAACAGAUAGCACUGGUGACCACAAGUUCGCCCCAAAGUGCUGAUACAAAAGUUAAUUUUGAAUUUAUAGGCCCAUGGAGUGUUAUAAAGAGUAAAACAAACUCCCCUAUCAUAUCAUCUUUACAAGAAUGGAUAGAAAGUCAAAAGAAGCAAAUAUACGUUAGUUCUGGUAAGAAUGUUGCACCUUCCACGUCACCAGAAAAGGAAAAAACACAAGAAAUUAGUCAAAGACCAACUAUGCCUUCAAAUGAAACGGAUUGUAAACAAGGAGAAAACUGCAAACUCCCUACGUGUUUUUGCAAAACUACAAAUUAUCCAACAAGCAUGAAGCUGAGCGAUAUACCUCAGAUAGUUUAUAUUACCAUCGACGGAGGUCUCAAUUUUCUCACGUAUUCAAAAAUGAAAACUUUAUUCAAUGAUAACAGACGAAACCCCAACGGAUGUCGAAUAGGAGCUACUUUCUUUGCCAAUGGACGAGGAACUAGCUAUCGUUUAGCUAACUUAUUAUACAACGAAGGCAUUGAAAUUGGUUUGAACGGACUGCAAUCGUCAGCUUAUGAAAAUUCUGAAAGUUUGCUAUCAGAUAUAAAUAAACAAACCAAAAGCUUCCAUUCCCAUUCGGGUAUCUCCGAGGAGGAAAUUAAAGGAUGGAGAUCUCCAGAAUUGUCUGAGGAAAUAUUGCCAAACAUUGAUGUCUUACACAAAGGAGCAAUGUAUGAUUCAUCACUGGUUUUGAGAAAUAAUACCGGUAAUGAGAAGCUGAAACCAUGGCCAUUUACCUUAGAUUUUGACACAAAUAAAUGCACAGGAGGAAAUUGUUCCUCAUCAGGAAAUUCUGGGAUUUGGGAAGUUCCAGUAAUUCCGAUGACGUCACUCAAUGGCGAGAAAUGCACAUAUGCUGAUAGAUGCAAAGGUCUAAAAACAACAGAGAAAACCGUUGAAUAUUUAAUGAACAACUUUAAUUCAUACAAGAAAAACAAAGCUCCUUUUGGAAUUCAUAUAUCCCGAGACUGGUUCUACUGGUAUAACAAUAGAAAUUUUGCAGGACUUUCGGAAUUCAUAGACAAUCUUUUACAAAAUGAAAAUGUUUACAUUGUUUCAGUAUCCAAAUUAUUACAAUGGAUGAAAAAUCCCGUUUCAUUAUCAUCUGCUAAAUCAUUUUCACCUUGGAGUUGUUGAAAUCUUCAUGUUGAAGGUGUGAACAUGUACAUGUAUGAAUGGUUGUUUUAAUUUAUUGUGUUUUUGGUGUAAAAUAAAUUAUUAAAAAACCUA